AUGGGAAACCCAGUCGAGAUGACCGCGGAGUGUUGGGUGUGGUACUUUCUGGCCAUGACGACGGUCGUAUUAAGAUUCACAUCACAGUACCUCGUUCGCAAGCGCAACUUUGUCAAGGAAAUCCCGCUUGACGAUUUCUUGAUGUUAAUCAUAACUCCCGUCCCGCUAACCAACACCCUCAUUGUUACUUUUCAGAUAACAUAUACGUCGGCCAUCGUAUGCCUGUUCACAUACUUCGAACUUAUGUCGGACAUCGACCUCAACAACGUCACUCCCGAAGACAAUUUCGUUGUGGGCCGCAAGCUGGGAAUUCUCAACAUCUUGGGCGAGACGUCGAUGCAAACGACGCUCUGGGGCAAUAAAUGCUGCCUCCUACUGCUGUAUAUCCGACUGACUCUCUUCGGUCAUCAUCGCAGGAUAUGGAUUAUUGUCUCCACGUACAUCGGCUUGGCAUACAUUGUGGUCCUAGUGGUCUUAUACGGGGGGUGGUGUCGGCCGUUCUCGGAUUACCUCGUUCUCAUCCCGCAGAACAUGGAAUGCUUGACUUGGUCGCAUUACAACGUCAUCCAACUGACGUUGAACCUCUCGACCGACCUCAUUCUGCUGAUAAUACCCGUCGCUCUUAUCAGUAGGUUGCAGAUGAGAAUUGGAAAGAAAAUCUUGCUAGUCUGCCUCUUCAGCUUGGGCAUCUUCGCAAUGCUCGCAGCGAUCCUCACAAAAGUAACCGUCUUCAUGAACAACACCGCCCCGGUCUGGUUCCUCUGGUGCGUGCGCGAAGUCAGCACCGCCAUGCUCGUCGGCAACCUCGCCCUCUGCAUGCCCAUCCUGCGCACCUGGUGGCUCUUCGUCUUCCCCUCCAGCAGCGGCAGCAACAAGAACAGCACGAACGUGACGACGGCGACGGCGCAGUCGGGCACGUCCGCGGGGGGCAGCGGCGUGGUGGUCAAGCACAAGUUCGCGGCCAUGUCGUCGUCCGAGGCCGGCGGGUGCGGGGAGUCGUCCAGGUGGGGAUCCUCGCCGGCGAGGAGCAGGUAUCAGGAGGACCUCGAGCUGGCGGAGGUGUAUGGGAAGGGCGGGGAGUUGAGGAGUAGUGUACAGAGAAGGGUUUCGACGGACGAGGGGGGGAGCGUAUGA